UGCGUGCUGCGGGGUCGACAGCGGCCGGAGCCUAAGUGGGGGAGGCGGAAAUCACCGAAGCUGCGGGACGCCCCGGGACCGUUGUCCAGGCCCUCCGCGACCGCCCAGGCUGAGGGCCUGGCCCAGGCCUAAGGCAGCCUGUAAGGGAGAGAGAAAGAGGGACACAGAGAGAGGGCAGCCGGGAGCUCGUCCUGGGACAGAGGAGGGGGCGGGACUGAGAGCAGCCGCCCGGCUGGGGGCGGGGCGGAGCCGAAGCCCACCUCCGAAGCCACCCGAGCUGAGCCGAGCCCUUCCGGAAAGAGCCGAGCUCUUCCGAAGCGGACCGAGCGAGCUACGGGAGCCGAGACGGGCCGCGCGGCGCGGCGCUGAGCGGAGCAGCCGGGGCCGGAACGCGGAGGAGCCGGGCCGUGGCCGGAGGCGGGGGCUGGGGCGGGCAGGCGGUGAACAGUGGGCAGGGGCGGCCGGCCGGCCAGGGCCCCGAGGAGGCGGCGGCGGCGGCAGGAUGAUCAAGCUGUUCUCGCUGAAGCAGCAGAAGAAGGAGGAGGAGUCGGCGGGCGGCACCAAGGGCAGCAGCAAGAAGGCCUCCGCCGCGCAGCUCCGCAUCCAGAAAGACAUUAAUGAGCUCAAUUUGCCCAAGACCUGUGAGAUUGACUUUUCCGAUCAGGACGACCUCCUCAACUUCAAGCUGGUCAUCUGCCCCGAUGAGGGCUUCUACAAGGCUGGCAAGUUUGUGUUUAGUUUUAAGGUUGGCCAGGGUUACCCCCACGACCCACCCAAGGUGAAGUGUGAGACUAUGGUUUAUCACCCCAACAUCGACCUGGAGGGCAAUGUCUGCCUUAAUAUCCUCAGAGAGGACUGGAAACCAGUGCUAACGAUAAACUCCAUCAUUUACGGGCUGCAGUAUCUGUUCUUGGAGCCCAACCCUGAGGACCCCCUCAACAAGGAGGCGGCCGAGGUCCUCCAGAACAACCGGCGCCUCUUCGAGCAGAACGUGCAGCGCUCCAUGCGCGGCGGCUACAUUGGCUCCACGUACUUCGAGCGCUGUCUCAAAUAGGCGGGGGCUGGACUGACCGACGGACAGCCCCGCCCCUCCCCGAGCCGGCCCUCCCCUCCUCCUCCGGGCUCCCUACCCCCGGUCGGGGUGGUGGGCGGGGCGUCCGCGGCCCCCGGGCCACAUAUUUAUUGGGGGCCGGGGCCUCGCGCGGGAGUGGGGAUGGGGAGGGGUCUCCGGCCGCACCCUGCCCCCAGUUCUUUUUGGGUUUUUUUUUAACCACGUGAUUGAUGGGCGCCGCCCUCCCCCACCCCCGUCGUCCGGAUCAGAGAAGGGAAAUGAAUUGGAUUGUCCCCGGACCCCGCCCCCACUCCCACUCGAGUUCGUGUCAGGUUAUUAAAGGGGAACGUUGAUGCAGUG